UCACAGGAGUUUCGCCGAUAUGCCCACCAAUAAAUAGAAAAAAAAAAAAAAAAAGGCAGAAAGAAGGAAAGAAAGAAAGACCAAGGAUGGUAUCUUACAUGACGGCUUCUCAACUUGUAAGCCUUAACCGACAUCCCAAACUGGCGGUUAUCGAUGUCAGGGAUGACGAGCGAAGCUACGAUGCACACAUAGCCGGUUCCCUUCACUAUGCGAGUGAAACCUUCUCCGAAAAAAUCCCUGAACUCUUACAACAAGUCAAGGGGAAGGACACUCUUGUUUUCCACUGUGCCCUAAGCCAGGUCCGGGGCCCAUCAUGUGCACGCAUGUUUGCAGACUAUCUCUCAGGAAUGAAGGAGGAUGCAGGGAUAAAGAAAGUGGUGGUUUUGGAACGCGGAUUUAAUGGAUGGGAAGCUUCUGGGAGGCCCGUUUGUCGCUGUACUAACAUCCCUUGUAAAGGCAGCAGUUCAAAGGCAGCAGUCUAACAUGGAUCCUAUUCAACAAGAAGCAAAUGAAGAAGAAAGCAUCCUACUACACUAUUAAUAGCCAAACAGCAAAGUAUAUCUGGCUCUGGUGUUGCAUCUCCAAACUAAAAUGGUGACACUCGCAUGCACCCAGGUGCUUGUAAUACAUACCGAUUUGUUAUCUGCCUUCUUGCAUGUUUGGAUAUAACAUGAACUGUUUGUAGGUAGAAUGAUUUUCUUGCAAAAUGAUAUUGUGUUUCUUUUAA